AUGCAGAAAGAUCAUAGCACCAUCAUCGGCCAUUCCCCGUCGUACACGCAGAUCUUGGUUGCGUCGUCAGUCGGGUUGAUCAUCGCAGCGGCCAUGCAUUACCGCCUUAAGAAAGUUAGAGAUUGUAAAGUCAUUCCUCGAAUUAGGCUUUCUGAUCAAGGCGGUGUCAUUUACCUAGAAUGUUUCCCUUCCUAUGUUGCAAGACAGAUGGGGUUCAGAAACAAGAAAGAUUGUCCACUCCUAUGUAGGAUGGCUUCAGAAUACAUAAGAAAAUCAGAAGGAUGUGAAGAUGACAUAUAUGCCUAUUUCUGCAACGAGCAACACGCGGAAUCUCUCUUCAUUAAGCUUGUGGAGGAGUUCGAGAGAUGCAUCUUAAGUUACUUUGCUUUUCAUUGGAACCACGCCCACUUCAUGAUGAGCCAGGUAUUGGGUGCUGAAAUUGAGCCUAAAAUGAAGCUUAGGCACAUUGUAAUGGCUGCAACAAGGGAGCAGAGAUUUGAAAGGGUUACUAAGAACUUAAAGGUGGCAAGAGUGUUUAACACCUUAGUGGAGGAGAUGAAGGCUAUCGGACUUGCAGCAUCUGACGACUCACAAUGCACCGAUGUGAUGGCUCCUGUGGAUCACAAGGAUAGAAGCCCUGUUCUCCUCCUCAUGGGAGGUGGAAUGGGAGCUGGGAAGAGUACUGUUCUUAAGGACAUUCUCAAAGACCCAUUUUGGGCAGGUGCUGCAGGAAAUGCAGUUAUAAUUGAAGCAGAUGCUUUCAAAGAAUCAGAUGUUAUAUACAAAGCUCUUAGUUCCACAGGCCAUCAUCAUGACAUGAUUAAAACAGCUGAAUUGGUGCACCAAUCAUCGACUGAUGCAGCUUCGUCGGUCCUAGUGACUGCGUUAAACGAGGGAAGGGAUGUGAUCAUGGAUGGGACACUCUCAUGGGUGCCAUUUGUAGUUCAGACUAUAGCCAUGGCUAGGAAUGUCCAUCGCAGCAGGUAUCGAAUGGGCAUCGGUUAUAGAGUCAGCGAUGACGGAUCAGUGACAGAGAGUUAUUGGGAGAAAAUGGAAGAAAGGGAACAAGAACAGGAAGGGGUUAAGAAGAGGAGACCAUACAGAAUAGAGUUGGUUGGAGUUGUAUGUGAUGCUUAUUUAGCCGUUAUUAGAGGCAUAAGGAGAGCUAUUCUGUGCAGAAGAGCUGUGAGGGUUAAAUCACAGUUGAAAUCACACAAAAGGUUUGCUGAUGCAUUUGGAACUUACUGUCAUCUUGUAGACAAUGCUAGGCUAUAUAGCACUAAUGCAUUAGAAGGCCCUCCAAAGUUGAUAGGGUGGAAAGACAAAGACAAGACAUUGUUGGUUGAUCCAGAUGAAAUAAGGUGCGUAAGCACGGUUGGGAGGUUGGCCGACGAAGCAAACUCCAUCUACCAACUAUACGGGAGGCCAAAUCCAGCUUACGAAGAUGGAAAUAUAUGGAAAGAUAUUGUUUUGUCACCUUCAAGGCUUAAUAUUCAGAAAGAGCUUAAGUUUUCCAUUCAAAAGAUUGAGAAAGCCAAAGCUACUUCUGUAUGA